AUGGAGGUUUUAGAGAAGCAUGAGCUUCUGGAGGUGUGUAUGGAGGUUCUAGAGGAGCAGGAGUUUCUGGAGCUUGCACUGCCUUGGGACCAUCAAUGCAAAGGCAUGGAAUCGGAACAGGAUUGUGGAAUCGACCCCCAGGAACUUGCAAAGAGCCAGGCAGUUUUGAAGGAUUACGCAGGCGUUUUGUCCUACAUCAAGGGGCAGCUGGCACCAUUUUCCCAUCAACCGGAUCAGGAUAGCAAAGAUGCAGCCUUCACCUUAACCAACGUCGUGCCCCAGUUUAAAGAUCUUGCUAAUGGAUACUGGAAACAAUAUUUAAGUAAUAUGAGAAAAGAUGCAGAUGGAUGCGGUGAAAUGUAUGUCAUUACGGGUGUGGUACCUGGUGAAGAUUCAAUCUCUGAAAGCAGAGUGAAUAAGCCCAGUUAUAUCUGGACUGCAGUUUGUUGUGUGCAUCCAAGCCUCCACAAAACUUCCUGGGGAUUCAUUGCUGACAAUACGUGGAAUAACUUAGACAGGCUUAGCUUGAGGCAGCUGGAACAAAAUCUUCAAGUCAAAUAUGGGAAGCCCAUUAAUCUUUUCAAUGGUGCUUGCUAUGUCUAUAACUAAUAAUUAAUAAGGUCACUCUCUGUCAGCCAAAUAGAGUUCACAGAGCAAAAAA